AUAGUUGUGCACAUAGCCAAGAACAGCCUACUCUCCUCUCCUUGUCCCGAUGCCGCCUGGUGCUCUUCCUCUUCUGCUGCUGCUCCCGCUCGCCCUGCUGCGCUUCGCUACCGCCACCGCCGACGCCAACGGAACCCGCGGCAACACCAGCUGCGCGCCGGCAACAUGCGGGAACCUGAGCAUCACGUACCCGUUCUCGCUCAGCGGCGUGCAGCCGCUCUACUGCGGUAACCCGGCCUUCGAGCUCACGUGCGCCGCCGACGCCGGCCGCGCCUACCUCGCCAGGACGUUCCGGGACCGCCUGUACCGCGUCCUCAGCAUCUACUACGAGAGCAACUCCUUCGUGAUGGCCGUCGACGUCGACUCGUCCUUCGUCGGCGACGAGCGGUGCCACAUCCCGGACUUCAACGUGUCCUCCGGCCUCUCCCUCCUGCCGGUCAACGUCAGCGCCGCCGCCAACACGAACCUCACCUUCGUCUACAACUGCACGCUCCCCCGCAACGCCAGCGUGCUGCUGCAGCCGCCGUGCGCGAGGCUCACGAUCGGAGCGUACGUCCUGGACGGCGAGGGCAGCGCGCUGCCGCCGGAGGUCCCGAGGAACUGCAGCUCGGUGAGCGUGCCGGUGCAGCGGUCCUCCUUCCGCAACGCGUCGGAGGAGCCAGCCCAUGAGUACAGGAGGUUGAUCGAUGAAGGGUUCGUCGUGGAGUGGCCGUCGACCACGGCAGAGUGCGGCGCGUGCAAGGGGCGGGGCGGCGAGUGCAAAUUCGUUGAGCUUGCGUUCCAGUGCAUCUGCAGCGACGGGAGGCCCUGCCGGAAUUCUCGCGAUACUCGAGGAGUAAUCAAAAUCGGGACAGGAAUUGCAGCAGCAGCUCUUCUGUUUGUGAUCAUACUGACCGUUCUCUCCCUUCAGAUCAAGCUACGCAAGAGACGGUAUAGAGGCAAUGAAUCUAAUAUAGAGGAAAUACUAAAGGGAUACGAUUCUCUCAUCCCAAAAAAGUACAGAUACUCGGAUCUAAAGAAAAUAACUGGAUCCUUCAAAGAUAAUCUGGGAGAAGGUGGCUAUGGCACGGUAUUCAAGGGUAAUUUAAAAGAUGGCCGCAAGGUUGCCGUGAAACUACUGAAACAAUCAAAAGGAAAUGGAGAGGAGUUCCUGAAUGAGGUUGUAAGUUUCCGUAAGACAUCACAUGUCAAUAUUGUUAACUUACUCGGUUUUUGUUUACAUGGACCUAAGAGGGCACUUAUUUACGAAUACAUGGGCAAUGGUUCAUUGGAGAAGUAUAUUUAUUCAGAAGAAACUAAAAUGGCCAUUGGAUGGGAAAAGUUGCGAGAAAUAGCAAUAGGCAUUGCGCGGGGCUUGGAAUAUUUGCACCGUGGUUGUAAUACUCGCAUCAUCCAUUUUGAUAUCAAGCCACACAACAUUCUUCUAGAUGAAGACUUUUGUCCUAAAAUUGCCGAUUUUGGAUUGGCAAAACUGUGUCACCUUAAGGAUAGUGCCCUGUCAAUGGCGGAAGCAAGAGGUACCAUCGGUUUUAUUGCUCCAGAAGUAUUUUCUAGGGGUUUUGGAGUUGUAUCCACUAAGUCAGAUGUUUACAGCUAUGGAAUGCUGCUGUUGGAGAUGGUAGGAGGGAGGACGAAUACUAAAGGAAAUAUUGAGAAUUCUAGUGAAGCGUAUUUUCCAAACUGGGUUUAUGACCGUCUAGUUAAAGAUUUACAAAGUCAUGAAGUCACAUGUGAGACGGAAGAGAUUGCAAGACAGAUGACCCUAGUUGGCUUGUGGUGUAUACAAACGGCCCCGAGUAAUCGCCCUUCCAUGAGCAGAGUCAUAGAAAUGUUGGAGAAGAACAUAAAUGAAUUGGAAAUGCCCCCGAAGCCAUUGCUUUCAUGUCCCUCGGAGCCACUAUAUUUUUCAUCGACUUAGAUUUCUCUCGUGAGAGAUGGCCUCCUUUUUAAAUUUAUUCUUAUGAUAUACCCAUGAAUGGAUGAACUAGCCCUACGGGAAACAGGAAAUCAAUGUGCUACAUCACAUUUGUAAGAAGUUGAACUAAACCUAAAAAUAUAUGUAUUCAUUUCUUACGCUGCAGGUAUUAGAUCAUGCACAUAGUGCAUCCUGCAUUAGAAGCCUUCCCACAAGAAACGUGGUCUAUACAUUACAUUUUCACAGAACUCUCCAAAUGGUACGAGUAUUAUAUUUUUUA